GUAAAACCCUACGCUAUUUUUUCACUUAAGCGUGAAAUUGGAGAAGAAAGCUUUUCUAAUUUGCUGCUCAACGAGGGGGAAGACUAAUUGCGGGAAGGAGGCAUAAUUAAAGACGAACGGGAUAGAAUGUGGAAAAUUGCGGCUGCGUUUGAGUUAAGGCGUGACUCGAGCAAUUGGAAAAACUUUCAGAAGCAGGCAAUAGUGUGGAGUAAAUACUGUACAAGAAAUAUUGGAACUUCUGUAUCAUCUUCAUGUGGUUUUGAGAAGGAUCCAAGCAUACCAUCUGUUCAAGAACUUGCCGAUGCACAAGUGAUAUACAGUGUAGCCCGUGCAAUGGGUCAUAACAAGGAAUCACAUCCAGAGUCCCAUCUAAGAGUUCCUGCAAUUGUGAGUGCCCUUAAAAAGAUGAAGCUCACUUCAAAGUUCCGUGGUACAGAUAUAGUUGAACUUACAAAUUUCAAGCCUGCUUCUGUCGAUGACAUUGCAAAGGUUCAUUGCAAAGAUUAUAUUGCUGGUCUCGAGCAGACUAUGGAUGAGUUGGCCAAAAGCAGAAAGGCUAAGAGUAAGGGUUCUGAUACGGGCUUCACACACAUCGAUAAAUCAGGGCCAACAUAUGCUACUGCCAGUACAUUCAAGGAUUCGCUUUGGGCAGCUGGAGCAGCACUAGCCGUGGUUGAUGCAGUGGUUGCAGCAUAAAAAAAGAGCUUGAAUCCUCCAACUGGAUUUGCUCUGAUAAGACCUCCGGGGCAUCAUGCUUUACCAACAAGUGCUAUGGGGUUUUGUGUUUUUG